AUGAGGGAAAGUGAGAAAGAAAGAGUUGGAGAAAAGCAAAAGCUGUCAUGGUUUAAAGAAACGCUUCUGAGGAGGGAUGAGACCCAGAUGAAAGAGACUAGAGCUCCAUUACCACUUGUAAUAAAGAAGUCUUGGUGGAAAGUUAUAGGCCUUCGGCCCUUCACCAUAAUUGGAUUUUAUAUAAGUUAUGAUGAUGGCCAACAAAAGUAUAAAAAUCAAUUUCCAACAUGUCUUAGCACAAAAGGAAGACCAACUGAAGUGUUGGUUAAGGGCGGUACAUUGGUGUAUGAUAGCGUGUAA